CCGGCCCUUGCCUGUGUGCUCCGAAGGGUGGGCCGGAACGAUGAGCUCCUACCUGGAGUACGUCUCGUGCGGCGGCGGGGGCGGCGGCGACGUGCUCAGCUUCGCGCCCAAGUUCUGCCGCGCCGACGCCCAGCCUGUGGCCCUGCAGCCCGCCUUCCCCCUGGGCGGGGGCGAGGGCUCCCUCGUUAGCUGCCUGCCCCUGACCGCGGCCGGGGCCCGACCCGCGCCUUCACCCCCGGCCGCGCCCCCGCAACCGCCUGCGCCGCCCCCGGCCGCGCCCCCGUAUGCGCCGUGCACCCUGGAGGGCGCCUACGAGCCCAGCAGUGCACCUGCCGCGGCGGCGGGGUGCGCCGACUAUGGCUUCCUGGGGCCUGGGCCCGCUUAUGACUUCCCGUGCGCGCUCGGGCGGCCGGCCGACGACGGCGGGCCGCGCGUCCCCUACGCUACCUCAGCCGUCUUCUCCGGCGGCGGCUCCUUCCUCCUCAGCGGCCAGGUGGAUUACGCGGCCUUCGGCGAGCCCGGCCCUUUCCCGGCGUGUCUCAAAGAGCCAGCCGACGGCCACCCCGGCUCCUUCCACAGGGCGUCCCCGGCUCCCGGCGCCUAUCCCAAGUCCGCCUCUCCGGCCUCCGGCAUCUCCGCCGCCUUCAGCACGUUCGAGUGGAUGAAAGUGAAGAGGAACGCCCCUAAGAAAAGCAAACUCGCCGAGUACGGAGCCGCCAGCCCCUCCAGCGCGAUCCGCACGAAUUUCAGCACUAAACAACUGACAGAACUGGAGAAAGAAUUUCAUUUCAAUAAGUACUUAACUCGAGCCCGACGCAUCGAGAUAGCCAACUCCUUGCAGCUGAAUGACACCCAAGUCAAAAUCUGGUUUCAGAACCGCAGAAUGAAACAGAAGAAAAGGGAACGAGAAGGGCUUCUGGCCACUGCCACCCCUCUGGCCUCCCUCCAACUUCCUCUCUCAGGAACGAGCCCCACCAAGUCAGGCAAGAACCCGGAAAGCCCUUCUCAGGCCCGGGAGCCUUCCUGA